CAGAGCCGCCCUAGCAUGCGCCGUAAAUCCUCCGCCCAGACUCUCCUCAGCUCAUUCAAGUCCUCCCCUGGCAACCCUCCCACGACUGCACCUGCUACCCAACUCACAAUGCAGAUCCCUGCAGCUCUCAACUCGGGUCUCGGUGGCUUCCCACCUGGGGGGACGUCCACUCCUAUCUCGUCCACACAGCGCGAGUGGGACGCUCAGUCCAUGAAGUCUGACUCUAUCACCUCGAGUACUGCCCCUUUGAAUCAGGGUGGUGCGAAUGGAAGCCCUGCUAUCCCACAGGGAACGAGCUUGGAGUCUCUCCGUGACCUGACUAUGAAGAGAAUGAUCACCUUGACUUAUCUACGAAAUGUUCAUGAAGGUCGAAGUCAUUGGUUUAACACCGUCAUGAUGACAAAAGCAGACUUGGACAGAAAGUUUAACAACUUGACAAUGAGAAAACGCACCCUUUCCUUCGCUAUACUGGGAAUGUCAUUAUCAGGCGUAUUCGAUAACACCAAUUCAAACGACUUUUGUAAAAGUCUCCUCAAUAUAUUAACAGAGUACGAACAGUCCAAAGAGGAGAACUACAAACCAAAGAUGCGAUUCUUUAAAUCAAACAAAAUGCCCCGACGAGGUACAAACGCAAUGAACGACUACGCAAUGACCGUGCCCGAAGCCGGCGAAGCCUCCUUCCUCGUAGCUCCGCAUAUACCCUUCCCACUAGACUACCACCAAACUCUCCUCUCCCUCCUCGACAUCCUCUCCGAAGUAUACCACCGCCUCUCCAAGAUCCUUGGUCCCUCUCCCUUCCCCAACACCGGACAAUACAUGAUGGGUCCACUCGGCGCACUCUCCCCCGCCCCGGGUGUAUCGUAUUUGUUUCAGGGAAACGAGAGCAAUAUGUCGCAUGAUGGGGAGAGUAGUAGUUUGUGGGGUAUUGCGAAUGCUUCGGGGUAUACGCUCCCUGGUGGUGGAGGACCGAUGAUGAGUCCACCGGCGACUUGGUCGCCUGUACUUGGGGAUAUGAUGUUAAAGAUUGAUGGGAAGUUGAAGAAAAUCAUCGGACUUUUAUUGAAAGAGCUUGAUGAACUCGCGCGAAACGCGAUACAGGAAGAACUUGCUUCUUUGGAUCCGCUUCUACGGAACCAGACUGUUUCAGAUGGCAUAGGUAUUGGAAGAGAACAGUACGAUUUUGAUACGGUCUUUUAGAUUGAAUAAGCAUACCCUUUCUGCGCCACCCUCUGCACAUAGUCGCCCUUUCCAAGUUCGUUGUUUGGAUUCGUGGAUGUUUUAUUGUUUUGUAUUUCUUUCGUUGUUGUACUUUGCGAUUAUUUAUUCGUCUUUUUAUUGCUUGGCGGUUGAGCUGUCUUUGCAUUAUCCAUCAAUGCUUUGUGGGUUAUUGAGUAUAUAAUUCCAUAUACUUAUUCA